UUCCCCCUCGCGGCCGCCAUCUUCCAGGCGUGACUGUCCGUGGACCAGGCGUGACCGUCCGUGACCGCCCGCGACCAUGACCAACACCAAGGGCAAGAGGCGCGGGACCCGCUACAUGUUCUCGCGGCCCUUCCGCAAGCAAGGCGUGGUGCCGCUGGCCACCUACAUGCGCAUCUACAAGAAGGGCGACAUCGUGGACAUCAAGGGCAUGGGCACGGUGCAGAAGGGGAUGCCCCACAAGUGCUACCACGGGAAGACGGGGCGCGUGUACAACGUGACGCAGCACGCCGUGGGCAUCAUCGUCAACAAGCAGGUCAAGGGCCGCAUCCUGGCCAAGCGGAUCAACGUGCGCAUCGAGCACGUGAAACACUCCAAGAGCCACGACAGCUUCCUGCGCCGCGUCAAGGACAACGAACGGCGCAAGCGCGAGGCCCGCGAGCGCGGGACCUGGGUGCAGCUCAAGCGCCAGCCGGCGCCGCCCCGCGACGCGCACUUCGUGAGGACCAACGGGAAGGAGCCCGAGCUGCUGGAGCCCAUCCCCUACGAGUUCAUGGCCUGACACG